AUGUCUCGUCUGGGGCUUGCUGUGUUAAUGUUGGUUUGUGUCUUCAAUGGAGUCAUCGAUUGCUACAAGCUUGCUGACGUUCCUCUUUACAGGAAAGAUACACCUUAUUGCAUGAAGUCAUUUCGCGCGACCGGCGACCUAAGACACAAAGAAGUUUGGCUUGAGGUUCCUAAAGAAACUGAAGACAUUAGGUCUUAUGACUGGAUCCUCCUGACCGACCCAAAGACCAAGAAACUUCAACGAGAUGAUUACCUUAUGGAAAAAGUCGAUGCCAACCUGGAGUACUGUCAUCCAGGGUUUAACAUGACCGCUAUUCAGAUGGACUUAGGUACAGCAAAACGCAUUGUUGGUGUUGUCGUGCUGGGAGAGAACAAGAUCGAUAUAGACUCUGAACCAGAUAAGACUGUACAACCUGGAGGGCUUUGGGCGCACUUCGUCUCUCAUUACACUGUAGAACACAGUCCCGAUGGCAGAAUAUGGGCCGAGAUCCUUGAUGAGCGUGGAAGACCAAGGCACUUUAAGGUAACUCAACAAUACGAAGAAGCAGCCAUAACAAUCAACCGCGAACACGGUCUCCCAAGAGCCCAUCUACAAACCUUUGAGCCAAACAUCCACGCUCGUUUUAUUCGAUUGAAUGUCAAGGCUUUCGUUAGAAGAGCUUGUGUACCACAUGUUGACGUGUUCGGCUGUGAAUCAGAUCAAGCGAAGAAUAACGUUCAGAGAAUUGAAGAGCCCAACAGAAAGCUUAACGAUGACGAGUGUAGUUUUAUAAACCCGCUUGGUAUGGAGUCGGGCGAGAUCAAGGACUAUCAGAUUGAAGCGUCUUCGUAUCUCAAACCAGCAGAUGAGGAACCUCACUACCCUUAUCGAGCAAGAUGGAGUCACCUGAACAAUAAACUCUGGUGCGCAGAUACUAAUAGUGAUAAAAGACCCUGGAUAAUGGUUCGAUUGUCGUCUUGGCCGAAAUAUGUCUCAAACAUCAAGUAUGAGAAGAUUACCGUAUCACACGACAUGAAUAUUGAAGUGAGCGUGAAUGGAAGGGAUUGGGCUACUUUUAAGUAUAGUCCAAAGUAUCUGUACGCAUUAUGCUGCGGCGAAGACGUGUUUACCGUUUACUGGUGCAUCCCACCCGUCAAAGCACGUUAUAUACGGUUUGUUUUUACAAGAUCCAAGUCAACUGGUCCUUACAAAGCAUGCUUAAAGUUUGAGGUUUACGGCUGUUCUGCCGAGACCCAAUCGAUAUCGUACGGUCAGGGAAGACACCGUCGUGUUAAUGCAGGGGUGAGAAGCACUCCUACUCGACCUGACAGGACCAGAGCAAGUAUCGUGCUGGAGGGAGACCCAUACUGGGCAUGGUGUCCCUUGUAUAAAGACCCUGUUUUUUUGCACUUCGGAGAUCCUCGAGUCAAAGAAAGAGUGGAAAAGAAUUAUAAUCUUUACGAAAUCGACUUGCUCAAGAUCUUCGCCAUCAGCAGAAUAGUGGUUCAAGGCGAUAGAACAAGAGAGGAUGGAUGCAGGGCUCAUACUAGUUCAGUCUCGUUCAUUUACUCGCCUGAUUCAAAGACAUGGGUCUUGACAAGAGACUAUAAUGGAAAAGACGACUUUAAAUUCAGAACCACGCUUCUACCUGCUGUACAAAGUCCUUGUGGGUAUGCAGCCAUUGACAUCACCCCCACGGCCUUCAGUCGUUACUUUCGGGUCAUACCUCAGCAAUACUACGUUGAACAGUGUUUAAGAAUAGUGCUUGUGGGCUAUGAACCUGGAAGCCAGCCGCAGUUCCCUAAAAGACCCAGGAAACCUUCUCCAGCGUGUAAAACAUCUCUGGGUAUGGAAAGCAACAUCAUCAAAGACAAGGAAAUCACAGCUAGUUCACACCUGAAGCACGACACGAGAACAGAACCACGUCACGCAAGACUAAAACAAAAUGGCGGCUGGUGUGUGGACAAAAUGACACAUUUCAAUUCUUACUACGGACUCAAUGACUCGCUCGAAAUCGAUCUAAUGACUGAGCGCAUCAUCGAUGGGUUUGCCAGCCAGGGCUACUCUGACGCCAUGAAGAAAAGAUGGGUGACGGCUUAUGUUGUUCACUACAGCCUGGACGGAGUGUCUUGGUCUGUCAUUUCUAUGAGAGAACAAGAGAGGGUAUUUCUAGCCAACAGUGAUCCAGACAGUAUUGUUCGUCAUUAUCUUAACCCUCGUAUUCGUGCUCGUAAGAUCAGAUUCGUCCCCGUGGCUUGGCAUAACUGGGUGUGUAUGCGUGUUGAGAUCUAUGGCUGUGACGAUGGAACAUCUUUUGAAUCACGACUUGAAAAGAAGUUACGCGAUAUGGAAACUCAAAAGCUUGCUCUAGUUCCACUGGAACCUGACGUUAGUCUGACCUUUAAUUGUGGAGACUAUGAGACAUGGGGACACACUAACUACCUCAAGGUCAACUUAGAUAGAGCAAAAAGCACGUGGUAUCAGAAAGCUUUCUAUAAGGACUUCCCAUUGGUGGAGAAGACUCUCACCUUAGCAACCAACCAGUUUCCAAGUGAUUUUGGAAGUCGUCACUUUAUGUGUAUCGGGAGAACCAGAGAUAAUGUAGAAAUGUUCUGGCAACAUAUCAUUGCUGUUCAACAAGGUCCUCGUUCGCCUACUUGGCUGACGUCACCUCACGAUGACAUGAGAAACAUGCACUCAGCAGAUAUCCCUCAAAUAGUUGUUCUCCAGCGUUUUGACAUAACGUAUGAUGGAGGUACCCCCAUUUGGUCUGAACCUGCAGUCGUUUAUGCCAGCGGUAACAUUGCAUCAAUAGGUGUUUAUGUCAUAGGAAUGCCUUAUUAUCCAAUGGCGAUCCACAACUGUUUGAUCGAAAAUCGGUUACUAGAUUGGCAUUUCACUAACCUUGGAAGUGUCCCAAAUAAUGAUUAUAGAGCAUGCGCACGACUGGCUUUGUCACGUGGUUACGAGUACAUGUCCAUUCUUGGUGGUACAAACUGUUUGUCUAAUUGGUAUUUACCGUUGGCCACUUCACCGCAUCGCACGCGGGACGAAGGGCAGUGCAGACUUGAACCAAAGGUCUACUUUAUCAAUGCAACUUUUGAGGAAUACGUCAUCUCUUGGUACAAAAAGCUGGAUAAUGACGACGACGAUACAUGGAUAAAACUAGUGUCUUAUCCAAUCAAACCAAAGAUAAAAAGCAGUCCUCACGUGUCGAUGUUCGGUGAAGAGCGAGAUGUGUACAAGGAAAAGAUGAAAGGAUACAGUAAUGGAGGGUAUUACCACACCUAUGAUAAGGCACUAUUUGGGGAUACAUACACAGGCAGCCAUAUACUUGAAAUCGUGGACAUGGACGUUAAGGAUCUGGGUAGCUACAAGUUCGAAGUGUUUGUGCCGUCGCGAGGCGUUAGGAAUGAAGCAAUGAUUGAACUUCGACAUCAAAUGGAACCUCAAAUACAGCUGCCCGAACAUUACGACGCAUGUUACAAUGUUCCAGGACCGCUGACUGUUAAAGCCGUGGACACAGAUCUACUCGAUCCUGAGGUGUGGCAAGCAAAAUGGUUCAAAACGGUCUUCGUCGGAGGAAAAGCAAAAGUGCGCUAUCCUUCCGAUUACAGGAUUUCUUAUCAGACAAAAGGUAUCUGGAAUGAAACAUUUUUAUGGACUGAACCUUACCCCCCGAUAAUCGAAGAAUACUUUGAAGUGUUCGUCAACAACCGUUACGGAUUUACUUCGGCGCUAUCAAGAAUCUCAGUUGUUGGAGGUAAUGAAAUACCAUCUAUUUCCUGGAUCACUUCGUCGCCAUUCGAGGCUGUUGAUGGUGUGAAUCAGAUCCUGGAAGUGAGGCUCAGGACUGACAAGCAGUUAGAUUCUGUCACGUGGUAUCGUGAUGGCAAACCAAUCGAGGCUGCAACUGAUCGCUACGGCUUUCCUGAAUCCACCGCUGGAGUGCGCAAGAAACUGAAGCUCAUCAAAAUAGACGAAAAGACUCCUGGGCAGUACAGGGUGGUAGUGAAAGGAAAGGCGUGUUCAUUCGAAAGAACAGUUAAUGUCCUGGUUCUGGUAAUUCCAAGGGUUUAUUUCAAACCCCAAGAAGACUACGUCAUCGCUCGGGACACUGACAAGGAAGUGGUGUUCAAUGCCACCGUGAAGGGAGGUAACCCCAAACCAAAGAUCCAACAAAUGAAAUGGAAGAAAGGUUCAACAACACUCGUCCCCUCAUACGGCGAACGUUUUGUACUCUUUACUACAUUAGACGAAGAUCUCAACUGGAUAAGUGUCCUUAAAGUCAGAAAACUGCGCGUUUCUGACUCGGGCGAUUUUACUUUUGAACUUGCUACAGGCCCAGCUGUGACCAAGAAAACAUGGAGACUCAGCGUCCGUUUAUCAAAUAUUGAUGAAAUAUCAAACUUGAACCAAACCAUACCAUCAGUGGUGGACAAUGUCUCACCUCCCCAGUCUGCUGGUGCUAAAACUAAAACUAGUCUGCUCUUCUGGAUUUUAGUUCCUCUUAUGGUGUACUACUGGGUCAUGAUUUCCAAUUAAAAAGUAUUCAGCUUCA